AUGAGGCUUGGGGCAUCUCAGCAAGAAGCAAUAUUCCUCAGGAGGACAGACCAUCAUUUCCCCAUUUCAUCCACUGAACGUGAAUCCAUAGUUAUUUAUAGUGCACCACAGCAGUACAGAGUGGGCAUGAAUGAGAAACGGAAUCGAUUGAAUCUGCGAUCUCGCAUAAACCAAGGGAAGAGGUUCGAAGCACUAAACUAUAACUAUCGACACAGAGCUAUUUUCCGGUGGAGGCGCUCCUCCUUUGAUGGCAACUGCUUCUUGGAAGGCGUGGAUACUGUGCACAAGGUCGCAUUUGGUGAUGUCCUUCUUAGCAAUGUGAAAGGAGGUGGUGGGUACUUUACAGAAGAAUGUUAUCCAAAUUCUUCAUUUAUACAUUGCAUCAAUUUGACCAAUCAUGUAGAAAAAGCUCACUAA